AUGAAUCUAACAGGGGGUUGGGGAAAUGUGGGAAAGGUUGGGGUGAUUGGACUGGUUGGGAGAGCAGGGGGAGGGAGAUUGCGUAGCGUGGAUAGGGCAGCAGUUAGGGUUCAACAUAUUGUGAAGUACAACCGGGAUGGUUCUCCUGUUCAAAGACUGAGGAUGAAGGCCAUAAAAGUUCAUUCAAAGAAUAUAGCAUCAAGGAGCUUUUGGAAGGACUACUUGUGUCUUUGUAAGGAGCUUGGACAAUUUGAAGAGGAUGUUAACAAGAUUAAACCUGACUAUGUCAAGUCUUUCCUUCAUGGAAGCAAGUUGAUGCCAUCAACUUGGAUUGUUAUUCGCAUUGAUGGUUGCCAUUUUCAUAGGUAA